AUGGUCCGCGUUUUAAAUGUUGCAGAGAAAAAUGAUGCUGCUAAAAAUAUAGCUGAUAUUAUGUCAAAUGGUAGAUUCCGAAGGCGAGAUGGUCGUUCUGUUUAUAAUAAAAUUUAUGAAUUCGAAUAUAAUCUUUUCAAUCAACGUUGUCAAAUGGUAAUGACAUCUGUAUCUGGACAUUUGUUGAAUUUGGAAUUUACUGGAUCAUAUAAAAGUUGGCAAUCUUGCAAUCCAUUGGCACUGUUUGAAGCUCCUGUCAUUAUGGAAUGUCCACAAGAUUAUCAAGCCAUCAAAGUUACUUUGGAAGCAGAAGUUAGAUCUUGUCAAUAUCUAGUCAUCUGGACUGAUGGUGAUAGAGAAGGUGAAAAUAUUGGUUUUGAAAUCAUUGAAGUUUGUAAGAAAGUGAAGCCCAAUUUGACUGUGUACAGAGCUAAAUUUUCUGAAAUAACUAGUCACGCUAUUUCCAGAGCAUGUGCUAAUCUAUGUGCUCCUGAUAAACUCAUGAGUGAUGCAGUUAAUGUUCGGAGAGAACUUGAUCUGAGGAUUGGAGCUGCAUUUACUCGCUUUCAAACACUUAGACUGAAGAAGGUUUUUCCUAACAUUCUUAGCAACCAGUUAAUAAGUUAUGGUAGUUGUCAAUUCCCAACCUUGGGCUUUGUUGUCGAAAGAUAUAAACAAGUUCAGUCCUUUAUACCUGAGGCAUUUUGGAAGCUGAAAGUUUCUCAUGUAAAAGAAGACAUCAAUACAGAAUUUAGUUGGAAACGGGGGAGAUUAUUUGACCAUACUGCGUGUUUAGUUCUUUAUCAAAUGUGCUUAGAAAGACCUACAGCACUCGUCGUAGAUGUUCGAAGCCGUAAUAAAAGCAAAUGGCGACCCCAGCCUCUAGACACAGUGGAAUUUGAAAAGCUUGCAUCUAGAAAACUUCAUAUCAAUGCAAAAACAGCCAUGACAGUUGCUGAGAAGUUGUAUACUAAAGGUUUUAUCAGUUAUCCUAGAACUGAGACAACAAUCUUUCCCAAAGAACUAAACUUGAUCCCAUUAGUUGAAAUGCAAUGUGAAGAUCCAAACUGGGGAGCUUUUGCUCAACGUGUACUUGAGGAAGGGCCUAAUCCUAGACAAGGAAAUAAAACAGACAACGCUCAUCCUCCUAUUCAUCCUACUAAAUAUAUAAAUACGUUGCAGGGAAAUGAAAAAACCGUUUAUGAAUUAGUUGUUCGGCAUUUUCUAGCUUGCGUUUCGAAAGAUGCUGAAGGAAGGGAAACAACUGUUGAAAUUGAUGUCAAUAAUGAAAGGUUUGCUGUUAAUGGUCUAAUAAUAAUUGCUCGAAAUUACCUUGAAGUGUAUCCUUAUGAAAGAUGGAAUGCAAAGAUCAUUGGACAUUAUGAAUUGAAUGAAAAUUUCCAGCCAACAUCAAUAGAGAUGUCUGAAAGUGAAACUAGUGCUCCAGAAUUAUUAACUGAAGCAGAUCUUAUUGGAUUGAUGGAAAAACAUGGGAUAGGUACUGACGCUACUCAUGCUGAGCACAUAGAAACUAUAAAGUCUCGACUUUAUGUUGGACUUAAUGAAUCAAAUCGGUUUAUUCCUGGUGAACUUGGAAUGGGUCUUGUAGAAGGUUAUGAUUUGAUGGGAUUUCAUAUGUCGAAACCACAUCUAAGAGCAGAAUUAGAAGCUGAUUUAAAAAGGAUAACUGAAGGAACUAAAGAUCCUAAUGUUGUGCUUCGUGAGCAAAUUGCAAAAUACAAGGAAUGUUUUAUUGAAGUUAUUCGGCAAGCUUCAAAAUUAGAUACUGCUUUAGCCACAUAUUUUGAUGUUACACCAGACCAAAUUGUUGAGGAUAAUAUUGUUCCACAAACAAUGCCCGUUAUGAAGUGCCCGAAGUGUCAGACUGGCGAUAUUGUACUGAGGACUAAGAAUGAAAAGUUCUUUUUGUCUUGUAUGUCAUUCCCAGCAUGUAAUGCAGCUAUGUGGCUCCCUAAAAUCUUAGAACAAGUUACAGUUUUAGAUGAAGAAUGUGAAGAUUGUCGUCCUCGAAGUGUAAAGAAAAUGAAAUUCAAAUUUAAGACUGGAUCACUUCUGCCAUUUUUCCCAGAUAAUUUUGAAAAUUGCCUCGGAGGAUGUGAUUCAGAGUUUUUGGAAAUCAUUGGUUGUCGUGCAAUUACUCCUGCAAUAAUCUCGUCAAAUAACUCAGCUCCACAAAGUGUGACUAACAGAAAUGCAAGCUCUGAUAGUGGCUAUGAAUCUUCAAAUAGGUCAACGGCAAGUAGAUAUGAUUCUUCAUUAUCUUCAUCAUCAACUCAUUCCACUAAUUUCCAAAGUAACAGACCAAGUUUUGCCAAUGUCAGUCAUAAUAAUACAUCUAGACCAUCUACUAAUCGCACCUUCACAUCAAAUCAAAAUAACUCAGGUGCAACCAAUGAUAUUGUGUGUGGUUGUGGUAAAAAAGCUAUCAUUUUAACCGUACGAAAGGAAGGUCCCAAUAAAGGUAGACAAUUUUAUAAGUGUCCAGAAAUGUCUGAUGAUGUUAAAUGUAAUUUUUUCUUGUGGAAAGAUGAAGAAGAUACAUCUCCAGCACAGAAUUUCUCUUCAAUUAUUCCAUCCAAUCAACAGAACUCUUUUAGAAAUGGAAGACAUCCAAAUGCUGCUGAUUCAUCUGACACUCCGACAUGCAGGUGUCCCUUGGAGGCAAAAAAGCUGACUGUCAUGAAGGAUGGAGACAAUAAAGGCAGACAUUUCUAUGCAUGUCCAAAGCCAAGAGGGCAAGGUUGUGGCUUUUUUCAAUGGGCUGAUGAGAAUGCCAAUUCAUCAUCUUUUGGUCAACCAUCUACUAGCAUGAAUGGUGGUGCUAAUGGAUCACGCAGAAGACCGUCUGAUUCAAAUACUGCCGGGCCUAGUAGUAAAAGAAAAUGUGGAAUUUGUAGUCAAACAGGGCAUAAUAGAAAGAAAUGUCCUCAAAACAGAUGAUGAUUGCCCAAGAUUUGAUAAUCGUAUUUGACAAAAAAUUCUAUUUGUAUAUAUGUAAAAAUUUAUUGAUAAACAUUUUUAUUU